AUGUGAAAAUUAGAUGAUUUUGCAACAGGAAGGCUUUUAGGCUCUGGUGGAUUCGGAAAAGUAUAUCUAGCAACUGAACGGGCUUCAGGGAAAGAUAUCGCGCUAAAAAUAACCCCUAAAUCAACGUUAGAUCGCCACUCAGAAAUACUUUUAAGACGAGAAAUCGAAAUUCAAGCUCGAAUCAAUCAUAAAUCAAUUAUCAGACUAUACGGCUACUUCCAAGAUGAAUCUAUGAUUUAUAUCGUAUUAGAAUAUGCGAGCAGAGGCUCUCUAUUUUCGUACAUUAAAGAACACGGCCCGAUCUCUGAGCUUGAUACCAAAUUUAUAAUUAAAAAAAUUGCCAAAGGAAUACGUUUCUUGCAUAAUUUAGGGAUCUUGCAUAGAGAUCUAAAACCCGAAAAUAUCCUAUUGAGCACUCAUUUAAAGCCAAAAAUUACAGACUUCGGGUAUUCAGCUAUUUUACCAGCUAAAAGUAAUAAAAGAUACACAAUGUGUGGGACAGUUCAAUUUGUAUCUCCUGAAAUGGCAAGCGGUGACGGAUAUGGGAGAGAAGCUGACAUUUGAGCACUGGGAAUGAUAAUGUACGAAAUGCUGAAUGGCUCACCGCCUGCUAUAUUUGUGAAUCCAAAUCAAGUUUUGGAAGAAAAUAAAUUUGUGUAUCCAGAAAGCUGAAGUAGAGAAUGCAAAGAUUUAUGCCAGAAAAUGCUGAGCAGGCAAAAUAGGAUUGGAAUUGAUGAAAUAUUGAGGCAUCCUUGGUUUAUUAAAAUAUCCUAA